AUGUCCAAGUCGGCAGACGCUAUUUCCCUGGCAUUUUUAAUUGUUUGGUUCAUCGGUGAUCUUGCAAAUCUGCUCGGAGCAACCCUAGCCCAUCUAGUGCCCACUGUAAUCGCUUUGGCUCUAUAUUUCUGUAUUGCUGACGCAGUCUUGAUCAUCCAAAUUUUAUACUACGAUUACGUUAACUCUCGCAAGAAAGGCGUUCAAUCCACCCGAGUAGACAUAGAAGACAGACCAGACCAGCCGUUGCUUAGCCGGAGACCGAGUGAUAUCGGUCUACUAGGCUCGAGGCGUCGCUCCUCUGUGUCUCAAAAACGAGAUGAGGCAGCAGCGCUUUCAGUCAUUCCAGAAGACGCUGGUCAUGCCCGUUCUUGGCUGAAGAAUUCUCUGAGUGUGUUCGCGGUGUGUGCUCUUGGCACCGUGGGUUUUUAUGUUGCUUUCACAACUGGGUUUUGGAAACCUACCAUAGAGGAUCCCGAGAAUACCACCCAUGACAGCGUGCCUGCACAGAUCUUAGGCUACCUAUCAGCGCUACUGUACCUCGGUGCGAGAAUUCCACAAAUCAUAAAGAAUUCUCGCGAAAAAUCCUGCGAAGGACUCUCGAUCCUUUUCUUUGUCUUAUCUCUGUUGGGCAAUCUAUCUUAUGGUGGCGGCAUACUUUUCCAUUCGCUUGAAAAGGAGUAUCUCCUUACGAACAUGCCUUGGCUCAUUGGAUCUUUGGGAACGAUUGCAGAGGACGUCAUAAUCUUCAUCCAAUUCCACAUAUACGGAAACAAAGAGGCGCAAAGGCAUUCGGCUAUAGAAGAGUAG